AUGGUCGAGGUUUACUUUCAUGACAACAAGGAUAAUGUUGACUUUCGGGAAGCACACGACUCAGGACAUCCUGUCUCACUAGACCAUCUGGCCCGGAUCGGGGUCAUUUACAAGCACUGUUCCACGGAAGAACAGGUUAACGAGGUUGCCUUGGAAAGACAAUACAAGAACAGAGACGAAGUUAGUAUUUCUUCAGAGAGCCUGGGGGACGCGUUGCUUCCCAAAUUGCAGAAUUUCUAUGCCGAACAUCUCCACGAGGAUGAAGAAAUCAGAUACAUUCUGGACGGAGAAGGGUAUUUUGAUGUGCGGAGCGCCCCAGAUGACCGCUGGAUCCGUUGUAAGCUUGUUAGAGGUGAUCUACUGAUCUUGCCAGCAGGAAUUUAUCAUCGCUUCACGCUCACCACCCAGAAUCGCGUUGUAGCGGCGCGUUUGUUCAAAGAGGAGCCUAAAUGGGUCGCUCACGGUAGACCGGUUGCAGACACCCUGUCCAUCCGCAAGGAGUAUCUCGCAUCAAUUCAGCUUUAG